AUGAAAGUAUCUAACAGAAGUACAGUGGCCUGUAGCGGAGUGAAAGGGGGAGCAGAGGGGGUGGUAGUCCCCCUGGCCCCAAAUAUGAAGACACCACCGGCUGACGAUGAAGGGCUUGAUGUCAGCAAUAUGUUUCCAGCCGAGGCCCAGGCUUCAACGAGUGGAUCUGCUGCAAUGGUUUCUGAACGAGCCUCAUCCUCAGCCUCUUUGGAAGAUACCCCUGCUCCUGUAAGUGAUUCAGAUACCUCUGAUACUGACUGUGAGAACACAUUGCACUUGCACGAUAGUAAAUCAGAUGAGGAGGACGUGGUAUUUGAACUUAAUACACAGGAACCGUAUCCGACAGACCCCUACCUUUUUAAAGAUCAGCCUCUGACGCCUGCCACAGAUCUUUUUGGCAUCAGUAUGAUCAUCCCUUUACUAAGCCAUCAUGUCAAGUCCCUUGGAGCAAGUCCAUCAAUAGCAGGAACAGUAGGUCUUUCCAUAUAUGGCAUCCUUCAACUUUUUUAAUACACCAGCAAUGGCUGCUGGAGUGAUGUUGUUGGAAGAUGAUACUCUUUGUUGGCAUGCAUCUUACUAAGUGCCAGUUAUGGCCUGCUUGGCCUCUCCACCAACAUAGUGUUAUUUAUAGUGGCAAGAAUUCCAGUGGGUAAGUUUCGACAUUCAUUAAACUGUUGUGCUCUUCUAUCAGAUCUGGUUUCUGAGAGUGAGCGCCCCCUGGUGAUGGGACAUUUCAAUGCAGCUUCCAGUGUGGGGUUUAUUCUCGGCCCAGUUGUGGGUGGCUACCUCACAGAACUCAAGGGGGGGUGCUACAUAUCCUCUUAUUGCAGUUCCAUUCUUAUUUUAAAUGCAGGCACUGUGUGCACAGUAAUGUACAUACUGUAGGAUUUAUGUUAAGUGCUGAGUUUAGACAGUAUGGGGUAGA